CCGCGCAUCCCGCCCCGCGGAGCCGCAUCCCCGCCUCUCGCUGCGCCCCGCGGAGCCGCACGGCGCGGGGGAGGGCCGGCGGAGCGCCGCGUUCCGCCGCCCGGCGCUGCCAUUGCGGCCAGGCACGGCUCGGAUCGGCACGCGUUCUCAGACACCGCCGCUGCCCGCAGCGAGCAGGACUUGUGCCGAGAGGAGGAGGGGAUCUCUGCAAGGCAGGUGAGGCUGAGUACUGAAGAGCAGCAUGGACCUGGAUAUGCUGAACAUGUUUGUCAUCGCUGGUGGCACCCUGGCUAUCCCCAUCCUGGCCUUCGUGGCCUCCUUCCUCCUCUGGCCCUCGGCGCUCAUCCGCAUCUACUACUGGUACUGGCGCCGAGCCUUGGGCAUGCAGGUUAGAUAUGCAAACUAUGAUGAUUACCAGUUCUGCUAUUCCUACAGAGGCAGGCCUGGGUACCGACCAUCCAUCCUGAUGCUGCAUGGGUUCUCAGCCCACAAAGACAUGUGGCUGUCCAUAGUCAAGUUCCUGCCAAAGAACCUGCACUUGGUAUGUGUGGACAUGCCUGGGCACGAGGGCACAACCCGCUCGGACCUGGAUGAUUACUCCAUCAGUGGGCAAGCUAAGAGAAUACACCAGUUCGUGGAGUGCAUCAAGCUGAACAGAAAGCCCUUUCAUCUGGUUGGCACUUCCAUGGGGGGAAAUGUUGCUGGCGUCUAUGCUGCUCAGUACCCAGAAGAUGUUUGCAGCCUGACCCUCAUCUGUCCUGCAGGCCUGCCAAGUACCACUGACAGCAAGUUCAUUAAGCAGCUGCGGGAGCUGCAGGAGUCCAAACGCAUCGACAGGAUCCCUUUAAUCCCCUCGACGCCCGAGGAGAUGGCAGACAUGCUGAAGCUUUGCUCCUACGUUCGCUUCAAGGUGCCACAGCAGAUCCUCCAGGGCCUCGUUGACGUUCGCAUCCCACACAACGAAUUUUACCGGAAAUUGUUUCUAGAAAUCGUGGAUGAAAAGUCCAGGCACUCUCUCCAUGAGAACAUGAGCAAGAUCAAAGCACCGACACAGGUCAUCUGGGGAAAGCAGGACCAGGUCCUGGAUGUGUCUGGUGCCAGUGUUUUAGCCAGCGCCAUCCCGGACUGCCACGUGUACAUCCUGGAGAACUGCGGGCACUCCGUGGUGGUGGAGCGGCCCCGCAAGACAGCCAACCUCAUCCUGGAGUUCCUGGCACUGCUGCACAGCAUCGACAACAACAAGAAGCAGGCGUGAGCGUGGCAGGGAGCCAAGUGCCCAUGCCAGGGUACCUUGUAAAGUACUGCAGCUCUGAUACGUUCUCAGGGAUCUUGUACGAAUUGGGUCCAUGUGCCAAAGUCCCUGAGGAAGGCAGAAUCACUGAUACCUAAACCUAUAGCACCACUGGCACAGCAACCUGGGGUCAUUGAGCAACCUCCAUAGAUGCAGGAACAGAGUAUCUCCCUUUUCUACUUAGAGGUAAGGUAGAAAUGAGCUGAAAUCACCCAGUGCUCAUCACACAGCCACCCAUCUUACCUGGGUUACCAGCACGUAGUUGUUCAUGACAUUUACCUAAAUUAUAUAUGAAAUGUAGGAAGAUACCUGGAAACCUGGACUGAGACUGAGACUUAACAAUAUUUUUACUACUU